CUGCUCGUAAUACGGGCGGCCGCCAGUCAGUCGAAGUUUGACUGCUUUGGCUUGUGGACGUUCGUCGCGAGCUCCCCGUCUGAUCCUCUAAAUCCGAUUAUUGUGCCUUCGCUUCGUUUUUAACGUCGGUACAGUUUUAUUUUCAUUUUCCGUACGCGUUUUCGCCGUUUCCCGAAUCGAUUUAGCAUUUUUAGGAGUCGAAAACCGUCGCCAAUAUUCUCCGGAUCCGCUACGGCCCAACGACAACAAUGGAGGACGUCCAAAAUGGCGCUGUGGUCGCCACCGCACUAGCGCCUCACGACAAUGGCGGUAUGAUCGCAAACCAGGCAGAACCCGCUGCCGUGUCCGCCGCGCCACCUGGUGGUGUACAGCUGAACCAUAACAAUAACAAUAACAGCUGCAGCUCGAUGGUCAAAGGACAAUUCAAGGGACCGGGAAAUCCUGAUCAUAGAACAAGACGUCCACGCCGUGGUAAACGCAAAAGUAAAAAAAUGCCCUACAUUCUUGACAGAAUGUAUCGUCGAAAAGCUGUGGCCCCAAACAAUACCAAUCAAUUUCUAAUGGAAGAUCAUAAUAAUGGAACGGAGCUAGACCGGAAAUUAUUAGAAGAAGAAAACGCACAUUACAAUAGAAUGAAUAACGGCCGAACUAGAAACUCCAGUUACACAAGCGUAGAAUCGGAUGGCAUAGAUCAUAUGCUCUAUUCGUCAUCAGAUGAAGAUGCAGCGUCUAUGCAAAAAGAAUUUUGUGAUACUUACAGAUUAGUUCAGGAAGAACAAUUAGGCAGCAUGUCCAAACAAGAUCUCAUACAACGUGUGCUCGAUCUCGAAGAGAAAAUACAAACAAUAGAAUCCAAAAGGUAUAGAAAAAAUAUUAUGAAAUAUAUAAAUGGUACACCUAACGAAGACGAGGACUCCAUUGACCCAGACGAAUACAGGUUAAUGAAAAUACAAGUCAGAGAUUUAACAUCGCAAAAUAAAGUAUUACAGACUGAAAUUGAAACCCUUAAAAAACAAGUCCAAUCGAGGACGAAUGAUAGUUCUGUGGAUAGUGAGACUUCGUCGGAUUCUAGUGAUAGCUCGUCCAGUUCGUCUGAUGGACAAGAAAUUGAAAUGAGCUUCUUAGUAGUAAGGAGUGAUGAACGAACCAACUGUGAUGACCAAAAAACCAAUGAUCAACCAAAUUGAUUGUAACGCUAUAUUUUCCUUGUAAAUAUAUGAAGCAUAAAUAUAUAAAAACAUUUUUUUUAGGAAUUUCUUAUUAAUUUUGUGUUAAUAUUAUUAGGCUUUACCCUUUCUUCAUUUAGUUGUGUGUUGUUAAAACUUUUACCUAUUUUAAUUAGCCGUAGGUUACAGUUUUUUAUUUUUAUUUGGUUGUAAUAUAUUUCUGUAAUGAUCUCGAGUAUUACAAAUAAUUUAACCUACACAACUUAAAUACUAUCGUUUUUCAUAUCUAAAUUCAUUAACUACUCAAAAAUAUUCUUAUAAAAUACACACACCAUUUAAAUACAUAACACUUACCAAAUUUUCAAGAUGCAUUAAUUUAUUUAUUUUUUCUGAAAAAUUGAAAUGUCGUAAGAAUGGUACGGUAAUGUUACCACUUUUUUGCUUUUAAAUGUUGUUAGCUGUUUUUUUUUUUAACCAAUGUAAGAUAAAAAAUUUAAAAUAAAAACAUAAUGUAUUAAAAGCUGUUUAA